AUCCAUCCGCACUUUAGUGCAAUAAACCAAAAGAGUUAAAAAGCAAAAUAUGGACAUUGGAAAUUUGGAUUAACCUACCUUGUUUAUGUAGCACUGUAGCAGAAGUGAAUAGGAAAGUAGUCAUUGACAAAAAGUGAAAAACUAACUUAUUCGAACCAUGUUUUCAAACAUUCAAGUUACAAAAUUGACUUUCUUGUCUCGCUUCGCUCUUGUUAAUCAAAACCGCAUGUGUCAUGUUUCUCCCACCAGUCAAGGGAGUCAUCACUUGUUAAAAGACGAAGUUCACUUGGAUCGUUGCGAGGGAGAUAAUUCUGGAAUUGCAGUUAUUUCAUUGAACCGUCCGAAAGCCAAAAAUGCCAUCAGCGCCCGCUUUUUGCACUUAUUCACAGAAGCAAUAGAAUCUUUGAAACAUGAUAAAACUGUAAGAGCUGUUGUAGUGCGCAGUGUUGUUCCAGGCAUUUUCUGUGCUGGAGCUGAUCUGAAAGAACGAGCGAAAAUGGCACCAUCAGAUGUUGGACCAUUUGUGAGCAAACUGAGAGCAAUGGUUUCUGGUCUGACAUCUCUACCUGCUCCAGUUAUUGCUGCAUUGGAUGGAGCUGCAAUGGGAGGUGGAUUGGAGAUUGCUCUAGCUUGUGACCUGAGAAUUGCAGCUUCUUCUACAAAGAUGGGACUAGUAGAAGCCAAACUUGCUAUAUUACCUGGAGCUGGUGGAAGCCAGAGAUUACCUCGUUUAAUUGGUAUUCCUUUGGCCAAGGAGCUCAUUUUUACUGGACGUGUCAUCGAUGGAAAAGAUGCGCAUAAAAUUGGAUUGGUUAAUCACGUCGUUGACCAGAACCAAGACGGUGACGCAGCUUAUCAUCGGGCAGUAGAAUUGGCUGAAGAAAUCUCUCGUAAUGGACCAGUAGCAGUACGUAUGGCUAAAUUAGCGAUCAAUUAUGGAUCAGAAGUGGAUCUCGCCACUGGGUUGGCGUUUGAAGAAACCUGCUACGCUCAAGUAAUUCCCACCAAAGAUCGUUUGGAAGGAUUACAAGCCUUCAAGGAAAAAAGAACGCCCAAGUACUUGGGUGAAUAAACAUGAGUAAUUACCCAGGUGUUUUUUAAGUUGUAAAUUCUAAUAGUUACCAAUGAAUAAAUAAUCCAAGAUGGUAAUUUAAUUGUAUUUCGGGAUCGAAUUACAAGGCUUGUGCGAAUCUUUUUGUUGGGACUCGAAUGAGGGGUUACAAUGGUUUGCUGCAAAAGAAAGGGCAAGGCCAGAAAUAAAAAGGACGGCUCGCUACAGUAAAACGUGGUAGUAACAAUUUUCACGUUCUAAAGGCAUAAUUUUAUCUAAAAAAAUCGUAGGUUAGCGGCAGAUAAUAGUAGAAAUUGUACAGUAACAUGAAAGAGUUGACAACACGACUUGUCUGUUCACGAUGAGAUUUUAAGUGGUUGAAAAAGUAAAGAUGCUUGAUGAUUUGUAGUUUUGGCACUUGACACGCAUGAGAUAUUAAACUACAAACCCAACCAACGUACACAUGUUAUGCGAAGCUUUUGGAAUUGAUUGAAUCCAGUAGUUACGACUGCCCAGGAUAGUUAAAAAAAUUUACCACUCGAAACAUGGGUCAUAUUUAGACGAAUUAGACGAUCGAUAUAAGUAAAACUUUUGAAAAAAAAAAAAA